AUGUCGUCCACCAGCAACGCCUCCAUUGACAAGUUCAACGGAGACAAUUACGCAACGUGGAGCCGGUACAUGCGCGGUGUGUUUUUGACGAAGUCCGUCUGGCACGUUGUCAACCGUGAAGUGACUCCGACUUUCACCGACCCGCGAGCGUCCGAUGACUACGUCAAGGCAAGCAACGUCGCGUUUGGUAUGAUGCUGCUGCACAUGAACGCGGACUACCAUCAUGUGCUGGACAACUGCGAGGAAGCCUGGGUUGCGUGGACAAGUCUGAAGACGCUGUACGGUGGGUCGCAGAAGGCAGGACGCAUCUACCUCAAGCGACAACUUUUCAGUAUCAAGAUGGCUGAAGGCGCGAACGUCAUGCAUCACUGCAACGAGGUCCUCAACAUCUCCGCCAAGCUUAGCGGCAUCGGUGCGAAGAUGGAAGACGAAGACAUUGCAAUUUGUCUGCUACUCAGUCUUCCGAAGAGCUACAAAAAUGUGGUGCUCAACAUGGAAAUGAGCAGCACCGAGCUUCGCACUCAAGAUGUGGUGAGAGUCCUGACGAAUGAGCAUGCCAAGCGUCAAGGAGAAAAAGGGACAACGACAGCGACUACGGUGAAGGCUGAAGAUGCAAGCAAGGCAUUCAGCGCCGAGCGUGAGCCCUACCAAUGCACGUAUUGUGGCAAGGUGGGACACACGGUGGAUCGUUGCUGGACAAAGCAGAAGAACGAAGGUCGGGGAGCCCGACGCGGCGGCAAUGGUCGUGGACGCGGGGCUAACAAUGUCCAGUGGGGACAUCAUGAUGAAGGCAAUGGCUACGAUCGAGUGGCGUUUGCAGUCUCGUUCGAAUGUGGAGUUUCGACGAGCAUGGACGUGUCUGGAAUGUGGGCCGUCGACAGUGGUGCAACGCACCACAUUUGCCACGACAAGACCAAGUUCGCAAGUUUGGCAGAGCGCAAUGAGGGCGAACUCUUGGUGGCUGAUGGCAACAAGGUGGCCAUCAAGGGUGUGGGAACCAUCAUGGAAAAGGUGGUUCUGCCCAACGGUGAAGAGCGUGAGAUCGAAAUCAAGAACGCGCUAUAUGUUCCAAGUAUGAGCAAGAACCUGCUCUCGGUGCCACAGAUUAACAGCCAUGGCAAGUUUCAAGUCGUGUUUGACGGGUCCAAGAUGUAUGUGACUCUCAAGAACUCACAGCAAGUGGUGGCGACAGCGGAUCUCGUGGAUGGACUCUACUGGCUUCCGGACGACUCAACGAUCAGCGAAUGUGACAACAAGUGGAACCAGUUGUGCCGAUCUACAUGCGAGAAUGGGUCAUGCUCCAGUCGAUGUACUUCGCAAGAUGAUCGCGACCAACAUGAUCAAGGAUGUGCGAGUCCCUCUCAAGUCGGGUGGAGCAACUACAUGUCGAGGAUGUCAACAAGGGAAAAUGGUCCAAAAACCAUUUCCAAGUAA